AUGAAGGACACUCUGCGGAAGAAGCUGACAAAGAGGGGAUCUGGAAGCGAGCUCGAGGCCGCUUCUCAGCUCGACGUGACUUCCCAGUCCAGCGACUCGGUGUCUCCCAAUCCGUGGGCUAGCGAAGCCUCUUCGACCACGAAUGGUGAAACUAUCUCGCGCCAGGUCUCCAAGACUUCGAGGACUUCCGACACCAUCUCCCCCAUCCGGAGCAUCAUGUCGACCGCUACCAGGGAGGAAAACGAAACAUUUUACGAGACAUCCCCAGCUCCCACUCAGCAACUAGAGGUCCCUGGCACAAACGGUGACAAUGCCAGCGAAGAGGCGAAACCAGCUCGUCGAAGGAAGACUGUCACCAAGACGCCCCAUACAUUUGAACUCGAAGCAGAUUUAAUAGCAGUCAAACCGAAGGAACAGCCCCCUCCGACUGAGCCACCCAAACAAGAUGUCCAGGCCCCGGUUCUCAAAAAGAAGAAACGGGUCUCUGUAUCUCAAGCUGCUCCUUCGGAACUCACGGGGACUACGGCCGUGGUAAAUCCUGUGCCAUCAGUGGUCCAGACAACGAGCCCGAUCGCCUCCCCUAAGACGCCGUCCGCUACAGCUCCACCAGCGACACCAACUCAACCCGCUCCUCCGUCGGUAGCAAUCUCGCCGGCAUCCCCAAAACAAGGCACGUCCUCGACGCCCGCACCAGUGAACCCAUUCAGCACUCAGCGGGCCAAGAAAUCUCAAUCCCUGUCGUCCGUUCCUCAAGUCUUCACCUCCAAUCCGUGUCGCUUUACUCCGCCAGUCCUGCCGAAGGAAGCAUUUCACGGCAAAGUCAUUGUGCUCACGCACGGUGCCAGCCAGGUCGGUCAAGCCAUGAUUCGUCAUUUCCAUGCUGCCGGAUGCCGCGUUCUCUUUGGGGACACAAACCCGGAUCAAGCUCGCAAGUUCAUUUCAUCGCUGGGUCCUCCUCAUGUGGUCCAUUUCAACAAAUGCGAUCUGACCAGAUAUUCCGAUAUGCUGGAGCUUUUCAAAUUAGCAGUGACAAUGUACGGUCGCGUCGACCACGCCAUAUUCGGCGUUGGCGAGGAUGGUGGUCAGGCUAGUACAGUGGGUGGUGGGGAGAAAGGUUGGUUCGAAGAUCGACCAGGAAUCAACAAGACCGCCAAGAUGGCCUAUGAUGAAGUUGCGACGGAGCCUGGGGGUUUAGGAGACAUACUCACCGCCAGUGUUCGCUUCGCUCGCAUUGCGAUGGCAUAUCUAAAGUACUCGCCGAAGGCCAAGAAUAACAAGAAGUUUGUCAACCCCUAUUCAACGGCGCAGGCUGAACCACCCACAUCGACUGGGACGAAUGACCGAAGCUUGACUUUCAUGACGUCUACCUCGGCCUUCAAGGAGACUCCACAACUGCCCAUAUAUCAGAUGACGCAGCAUUCGAUCUUGGGUCUGGUCCGCAGCCUACGGACAGGAAUCGAUCCGGAUCCAGAGCGAGAUGGCGUGAGGAUCAAUGCGGUCGUCACGAAUGUAAUGAUUCCGCGGGCCGUUGCACAAGCCGGGGGUAGGAGCAUGUCUGUGCAACUGCCGCCCGACAGACCAGAGGAUGUGGCUCGCGUCGUGGUGGGAGUGGUUGCAACGAAUUCUACCACACCAGAUAUCAACGGGCAAGACAGUUCAGCCGGAGGUGGAAUCACAAACGGGGGAGGUAUAUGGUACGAGAAAGGCCAUGAAAGGGGCAUGAGGGAAAAGCAUCUCCACGGGCGUGUGAUAUAUGCCGCGGGCUCCGACUGUUGGGAUAUUCAGGAAGGGCUGGAUCGAAGUGAAGCUGUUUGGAUAGGACAAAAGCCUGCCGAGGCCUUGAGCAGGAACAUGGCAGGGGUGAGCUUGAGCAGCGCAGGAGGACAGAGCUCGUGGAUCUUGGAUAUGGUCUGA